AUGUCCUUGGAUUAUCAAUCACUGAUAGUGAACUUCUUCAACUUCACUUUUACAACCACUCCGGUGGUGCAAUCUCACCCUCUAUCAAUAUCCACACUGAUGCAGAAGUCUUCAUAUACAUUCCACAAAGGCACAGCACUUGCGAUACCUCUCACCCCUUUCCCCUCUCCUGCAAUGCCUUCUCCUCACUUGGAGUCAGGCAUCCUCCCCAGUGCAAACUCACUCCUGACUCCUGCAUCACCCGAACACAUCCCAGCAAUUGGGAGGAUCCAAGUAAACAAGACCUUCUAUGAGGUGCUCAAUGUAUUAUUCUCAAGCACAGGCUUUCUAGGAAGGGGUACUGUUUGUUACCUCACAUGCUACAAUGGGGAAUACUAUGUCAUCAAGGAUUAUUGGGUGGAGGAGUUGGAGCAGAGGACAGCCCUGCAUGAAGUCAACAUGAUGAAGCUGGUCCAGGACAUCGACAGAGUUCCCAAGUUGCAACACUACUGGGUCAUUGAGGUCGAGCUGGGCAUUCCAUGUGCAAGGCCAAUGGUAAUGUUCAAGACAAAAAAGGAACUCGAUUCAUGCAUCCAAGAUAUUUUACAAAUCCAACAGCAGGCUCUCAAGAGGGGUGUCCUCCAUCGAGAUUGUAGCAUCAACAAUACGAUGAUUGAGGACUUCACAAAUGUGUUGCACAGCUUUCUCCUCAACUGGGAAUUUGCUGUAUGGGUCAUGUUACAGGGGGAAUAUGACUUGGGUGGCACAAUGAUAUUGAAUCCCUGUUCUAUGUUUUCAUCUGGAUCCUCAUUCCUUUAUGAUGGGCCACUUGGCCACAAGCAUCAAGAUAUCAGCCAUGAAAAGACACUUCUUGGCUUGUGGAGUGAAAAGGCAGCCAAAGAUCUCAAAAUUGCCAGAUGUGCUAAGUUCACAGUCCUUAAUGACCCAUCUGAAUCAAGGCUGGAUUCCAAGGUCUUGCAAUGUUUUCAACAUCUAAUCCCUCUGGCUAAUGAUAACCUGUUCUUUGGGAGGGUUUUUAUGAGCUACAACAAUCAAAGACAAGUGCUGAGGGUUGGGGGUGCUCCUGAUGAAGAAGAUGCGGGAAUGCAAGAGAAUGUGAUAGGGUAG